UUAUUUAUUUUUUAUUAUUAUUUUUACCUCCUAAUUAAUCAAUGUGACCCUCGAGCUGUUCUACUUGGCGCUCUACGAAAUCUCAUUCACGUAGUAUCGUAACCCCAAAAGGAAAGCAUAGCAGAUUCAGAUUCCAUUAUAAGCUCUGGGUUUCAGUUUAGUCCUUGACAGUUCAUGUAUAUGAUUUCAGAACUGUCUCUGUAAACUCCUCCGACGUACCAAGUUGCUAUGAUGGCUGGAGUAAGGUUUUCCAUUUUAAGAUCGCUGCGUAACUCUGUCAACCCCUUUUCGAAAAUGCAAUCAUUUCCAUCAUACAACUCUGGUAUGAAACUUGUGACCUAUGAUAAUCAGAUUUAUAUCAGACCAUUGCAUGCUUUUGUGAAUCACAAUUACCACACAAAAGAAUCAGAGUCUCCUGAAACUUUUACAGUUACCCAUUCGAGAGCACUGCGUUCCCAGUCUCUUCUUUAUACUCAAUGUUACAACAUCAAACCCAUAACUGCAUUUUCACCCACCCUGUCGAAUUUGCACUACCGAAGUAAUAGUCCUCUUAUUUUUAUCAGCCCCUUGUCAAAUCAACGGUCAUAUUCAUCAUAUUUUGGUAGCAAAGCUGAUAAAGCCGGGGAUCCAGGAGUUCCAGCUGCGUCUAGUGCAAGUGGAGUAGAUACUAGUGACAGUGGCGUUUCUGGAAGUGAAUUUGUAAAUACAGUUAAAGAUGCUUGGCAGAUUAUAGUAGAUGCUGCAACUUAUACUGGGCAAAAGGCUAAAGAAGCUUCUGAUGAACUGACCCCCCAUGUUCAUCAGUUGCUUGAUUCUCAUCCCCAUCUGAAAAAUGUGAUUAUUCCAGUUGGUAGUACUGUGGCUGGUACUAUAUUGGCUUGGGCGGUUAUGCCUAGGCUUUUGAGGAGAUUUCACAAGUAUGCCACACAAGGUCCUGCUGCUUUACUAUCUGGAAGGGAUCCUGGGGAGCAAAUUCCAUAUGAGAAAAGUAUUUGGGGUGCUUUGGAGGAUCCAGUGCGAUAUCUAAUUACCUUCAUGGCAUUUUCGCAGAUUGCUGUAAUGGUUGCACCAACCACUAUAGCAUCGCAGUACCUUGCACAGGCAUGGAGGGGUGCAGUUAUUCUUUCGUUUGUAUGGUUUUUAUACCGGUGGAAAACGAAUAUGUUUGAUCGUGCACUGAUGACUCAGAGUUUAGUGGGGCUUGAUAGGGAAAAGCUGCUCACGUUAGAUAAACUUUCAUCUGUUGGUCUAUUCAUGAUUGGUGUAAUGGCUUUAGCUGAGGCAUGUGGUGUUGCUGUGCAAUCUAUUCUGACUGUUGGUGGAAUAGGAGGUAUUGCUACUGCUUUUGCUGCCAGAGACAUCCUUGGGAAUGUACUCAGCGGGUUAUCUCUGCAGUUUACGAAGCCAUUUUCACUAGGAGAUACAAUAAAAGCUGGUAAUAUAGAAGGUCAAGUGGUGGAUAUGGGACUCACUACCACAUCGCUAUUGAAUGCUGAGAAGUUUCCAGUCAUUGUUCCAAAUUCGCUGUUUUCCAGUCAGGUGAUUGUGAACAAGUCACGUGCCAAAUGGCGUGCCAUGGUGACCAAAAUCCCCAUGCAAGUUGAUGAUUUGAACAAGAUUCCCAUUAUAUCAAAUGAUAUAAAGAGUAUGCUAAGAUCGUACCCAAAAGUUUUCUUGGGAAAGGAGGCCCCUUACUGUUUCCUCUCUCGAAUAGAAAGUUCUUUUGCUGAAUUAACUCUUGGAUGUAAUCUCACACAUAUGAGCAAAGAUGAGUUAUUCUCCACAGAAGAAGAUAUUCUUCUGCGAUCAGUCCAGAUAAUUAAGAAGCAUGGUGCUAGAUUGGGCAGCGCCUUGCAAACAAUAACCCGGAAAGCUGGAGCAGGGAAAAUGGUCGCUGUUGGUGAUGUCAAGUUCCACCAUUUUGCAAGGUUCUUUGGCAUUAUUAUAUCCCGCAGCCUGAAGGGCAGAAACAUGAGUGAGCGCCACGUGCCGCCCACCCAAGCCUUCGGCCGCGCCAUGGACCGCUCUGCCACCUUGAACACCAAUCUAAGCCAUAUGAACCAAAGCAAUGAAACAGAGAACGGCGAAAGCAAGGUACAACUAAUGAGCUUUGCAACCACCAGGCCGGUGGCGACCACGAGGCUGAACUCUGCCACAGAAAACCAAAAAGCAAUAAGAUAUUCAUUCACCCUAAUGGAGUUCUGGAGGAGAGGUUCCAUAAGAGCUCAAGUGAGCAGAGUAGUUGCAGUGCUUCUUGCGGUGGCGUUGCUGAGUCAAAGAGGAGCAGAGAGCAGAAAAGGCAGGAUUCUGGCGGAUGACUCCUUUGAGUACUCAGCAAUAAGCUGCAGAGGCCACAGUGCAUCCCUGGCGGAUUUUGGUGGUGUUGGUGAUGGGCAGACGUCAAACACAAAGGCGAUUCAGGCUGCAAUCGAUAACCUAAGCCAGUACGCAUCAGACGGAGGUGCUCAGCUGUAUAUUCCUGCUGGAAAAUGGUUGACUGGGAGCUUCAGCCUCACCAGCCACUUCACUCUGUAUCUCCACAAGGACGCUUUUCUCCUUGCUUCCCAGGACAUGAACGAAUGGCCUGUGAUCAAACCUCUGCCAUCGUACGGUCGAGGAAGGGACGCAGCGGGCGGAAGGUACACCAGCCUCAUAUUUGGAACAAACCUCACUGAUGUUGUUGUCACAGGUGACAACGGUACAAUCGACGGUCAGGGAGCAUUCUGGUGGCAAAAAUUCCAUGGGGGGAAGCUAAAAUACACCCGCCCUUACCUGAUCGAAAUCAUGUUCUCAGACAAUAUCCAGAUUUCAAAUCUAACGCUCUUAAACUCCCCAUCAUGGAAUGUUCAUCCUGUCUACAGUAGCAAUAUUCUUGUUCAAGGAAUUACGAUCAUCGCUCCGAUUAAAUCUCCAAACACCGACGGAAUCAACCCAGAUUCUUGCACAAACGUUAGAAUAGAAGACUGUUACAUAGUCUCUGGGGAUGACUGCGUGGCCGUUAAGAGCGGUUGGGAUGAGUAUGGCAUAGCAUUUGGAUGGCCCACCAAACAACUAAUCAUCAGACGGCUCACAUGUAUUUCCCCAUACAGCGCCGUGAUCGCGUUGGGAAGUGAAAUGUCAGGUGGAAUCCAAGACGUCAGGGCCGAGGACAUCGUGGCCAUCAAUACGGAAUCAGGGGUGCGGAUCAAGACGGCAGUAGGAAGAGGAGGGUACGUGAAAGACAUUUACGUACAAAGAAUGACAAUGCACACCAUGAAAUGGGUCUUUCUGAUGAACGGCAAUUAUAAGGCACACGCUGAUAAUAACUACGACCCCAAUGCCCUGCCAGUGAUUCAAGGGAUCAACUAUAGGGACAUGGUGGCGGAGAAUGUGUCAAUGGCAGCUAGAUUGGAAGGGAUUUCCAACGAUCCGUUUACAGGUAUAUGCAUUUCGAAUGUGACCAUCGAGAUGGCAGCUAAGUCAAAGAAAGUGAAAUGGAUGUGCAGUGAUGUUGCGGGGAUCACAAGUGGUGUAACUCCUUCACCGUGUGAUUCGUUACCUGAUCAAGGGUCGGAAAAGAUUACAACAUGUGGUUUUCCGACGGAUAUUUUACCCAUUGAUAAUUUAGAGACUAAGAAGUGUACUUAUAGAAUGAUCAGUUAUGGCUGAACUUUGCUUCAUGUGUAACAGAAAUAAUUUCAAGAUCAAACAAUAUUAUAUCAAGAACCCCUGGCCUAAAAGUAUGCCUUUCCUUUA